AUGAAACGUCGUUGUAGAAAAAUAUUUAUCGAAAGUUUGCUCUCAUCUGAUGAAUCAACAUCUGUAAAACAGUUUUCGAGGUCUUACAGUAUUAAAGAUGCCAUUUUCAAUGUUGCCAGUGCAUGGAGUGAUUUGUCAGAGUCAAAUCUCAAGAACGGCUGGAAUAAACUUGGGCCUCAACCUAGAGGUGAAGAAUCGGAGGAACCUGUGUGUGUGACAGUUGACGAGAUGGUCAAUUUGUGCAAUAAUUUACAAAUCAGCACAAAUUUGACGUCAGAAGAAGCAUCAGGGUGGUUAGAGUGUGACAAAGUGGACGGGGGUUUACAAAUUUUGAGUGAUGACGGAAUUGUUGCCAGCGUAAGUGCUAUCAAAGAAGAAGAAGAAGAAGAAGAAGAAGAAGAAGGGGCUGAUGAAGACGAGUGUUCAAAACAUGAAGAAAAACAAACUAUUAGUCAUUCAGAGGCCGAAACAAUGCUCUCCAAGUGUACAGAAUGGUUUGAAAGUCAAGAAGAGGCUAAUGCAACGCAGGCACUACUGCUCCGAAAAAUACGAAAUAUUGCCGCGGUGAAAGCUCGAACAUCAAAAAGGCAGAAGAAAUUGACUGACUACUUCCAAGCUAGAUAA